AUGGAAAAGUAUGUAACCGUAGUGUCGGUAGAUGAUCAACUGCUAUCGCCGAUCGUACCACCAUCGAUGGAGCCGGUCGUGAUUGUCGCUAGCAGCGGAACAGGCGCUGACCGUGCGGUGGAGCUUAGCAAUAUGGUUGGACUUGCAAAACCCGUCAACGGAACGGACGAGCAGGUGUCACACGGUGACGAGCCGGACGACUCACAGUUCGUGACGGUGCUGUCCAUCAACCACGGUGGGGACGGCGGUAGCCGAAUGGGCGGACGACAGAACGCACUGGAAGUGGUGCUAGUGUACCGGUUACCCGGCGAGCGGCUCGGGUUCGGACUGAAGUUCCAGGGUGGCACAAAGAGCAACGAGAAAAUACAGCGACUGUUCAUACAGUCGUGUGCUGAAAACAGUCCUGCUUCGCGGGUACAGGCUAGCUGGGGGCAUCUGCGCGAGGGCAACGAGAUCCUCGAGAUUGACGGUGUUAACGUCAGCCGGAUGACACGCAUUGAGUGUGUGAAGUGUCUGAAAGAUAGUAAUGUUGCCAUCAAACUGUUGGUACGCAACGGAGAAGGAAAGGUACAGAAUUUUUACGCAGGAGGUGGCGAACUUCCAGAACGAAAAGGUGCACCACCCCCGCCACCGCCCGUUCCUCCACGGAAGUUAAAUAAACGUAAGCAGGUGGCGACAGAACAACAAAAUGUACCGAACGCACCGGAUGUGGGACCACCGUCUAAGCAGGGAACAAUGUCGAUGGUGACCACGGCGGAAUCGUUCGUACCUCCACCGGAUGCGGAAACAUACAGCAAUCUCUUUACGGACGACAUUAGUGAUUUAAUUUCCGAAUCAGAUGACACGGCCAGCACCAUCUCGACCGUGGUGGAUAAGUUCUCGAUCUGUUCAAGCCUUUCGUCCGAAGACUAUACGAUCCCGUCGCACGGUGGACCGGCCGGUAUCGGGCAGAGUGCGGAGCUGGCCAAGGCACUGAAGCCUUUCACACUGCUCGAGCAAGAGUUCAAUCUCGAGAGCAAGUUCGAAACGACCAACCUGUUCACCUUCAAACCACCGCCUCCUGCGGCACCGAUCGCUGCCACAUCGAACGUGGUCCAACUGGAAGUACCGGCGGCGGAAAAGCCUCGUCCCACGGCCGUCUCCACGGGCGCACCUGUUGCGGGCGAGUACGAAAAUGUCACCAUUAUGAAGGUGGAUGAAAAUCGCAACUACGAGAACGUAACCGUACCGUACGGACCGUACGAAAACGUCACCAUACAGACGGUGCAGCCGUACGAAAACAUGGUACUGAGCAGGUCGGCAGCAAGCCGUCGGCAGAGCACCACGGAAUCGACACCGCCACUGCAGCAGGUGGACCCGAGUGGGGUGUAUGAAAAUGUCGAACUAAAAGCAACGGUUCCACCACGGCCCUUACCCCGACAGGGUGCGUUGGUGGAACCGAAGAAGCGGGCACCGAUACCUGUCCCAAUUCCGAUCGUAGUACCACCGCCAAGGUUGAAGCCGGCAAAACCCACAUCACCUCCAUCGACAGCUGGCUCAACACCGCUCGGGUCUGAGUUCAACACGAUUCAAAGCUGGCUACAAGAAGCGACCGAAGUGAUUCACGAGUGUGCACUGACCGAGAAUAGCAAGGAGGAAGAAAUUUCAUCCACCGAAGAGAAAGCGUCAGCGGAUGCAAAACAGCCAACAACCACAGAUCUUCCGCGGUUGAUCGAUUUUCAUCCGAAAGUAUCGGUACCGUUGCAAGCGCUGGAAGACAUUGAAGCUAUUGCACCGCCAGCAUCGCCCGUAAGAUUCGAAGGAUCCGUCGGGGGUGAAGCCAUGCACGGUUCGGAAGCGAGCGGCGAUGGGUUGGUUGGUGGAGGCCGGUACGAGCUGCCACCGUCCGAGUCGGUCGUUAGGAAGUGUAUUAAAAUUUUGUCCAGCGAGGACCAUACGUACAUCGAGAGCAGCUCGAGCGAUGAGGACGAGGAGAAGCUGUACGGUCGGUCGGAGGAUGAGGACGAUCGGAGCAGCUCGCUGUCGCGCGAGGCAACCACACCGGAACAGUUUCUCAGUGGUGACGGUGGCUAUAGUGAUGAGGAUGGUGAAAAGCUGGGUCCACCGGAGAUUGUGUCCGGUGGUCCGUCCGAGGCGUACUUUAACUUCCCCUGGACGUCCAAUCUAUUGCCACCGAUCGGUGAAGUGGAGGAAGAGUUUUCCUCUCUGGAACAUCAACAUAACGGGCCGAUAGUUAUUAUCAACACGGCGGAAGAAACUGUUAUCAACGACACAAACAACAACCAGCAGCGGGAACGAAAGAAGCCGAUCGAUGACGAAUCGCCGAAACUGCCACAUACCUCCGUACCGUCGACGAAAAUAGUCAUCACAGCGGGUGCUGGGCAUCGUAUCGAACCGAUGAGUGAGGUGAAGCGUAUCGUGGUAGAUUCGGAGAUCUCGCAGAAGGAGUAUGAGAUGAACGAUGUUGAAGAUGAGCGUGAUCAGGUAUCGCCGAUGGAACAAGAUGAGGAGGAGGAUCGCGAUGCGAUAGAUUCGGAUGAUUCGUUGGAGGUGGACAAUAUUGCGAUUGAGCGAUCGUUGAAGAAGCACGAGGCCAGAAUCCAACACCAGACGGCAGAGCCGGAUGAAAAGGUAAACAACACACUUAGCUCGACUGAUAAGGCAGAUGUGAUGCAAGUUAGCGUGGAGACAGAGUCGAACAUUACCUGCCAGGACGGUAAUGUGGUGCCGCACGUUAACGGUGGCAUAGGCAACGAUAGCACGACCACGGCAGACGAUCUUCGGCAGGAGCGGGAAGUCAGUGACAUUCCGGUAACGAUCGAGCAUAACGCGGCGAUGGAAGCGGCACACGGUGAAAGUGCGGUGAACGAAACGGGUGCGGAGGACGGUAGUGAGCUAGCAAACGCGAAUCAAACGACAACGGUCGUGAACGAUCGGGAAGUGGACGCGGAUAGCAAUAUCGAUGCGAUCUGUGGUGACGUAGACAUCGUCGUAGGCGAUACCGUUGAGAGUGACUUUGAGGAGCUGGUCAAAGCGCAAGUCGAACCGCUCGACGUCGAGGACAGUUCGGAGCAGAUACAACAGAUUCAUGAGCGAAUCAUUGUUGGCAUUGAGCGCGCUGUGAGUGAUGAAGCUGUUGUGGAGGAUGUGCUGUUGUCGGUCGGGACCGUGCAGAACUCAGAAUCGGCGGCCACUGAUGACCACCGUGCGGGUGACAACCUGAUGGUGGUGAACGGCGAUGAAGAAUCGACCGUACCGAGUGAUAUCCCUGUACCGGACGGUACGGUAGAGGAAACUGGCCUCGUACCUGUCACGGAUGAACAGGAACACGAUGAUGAUGCUGAUGUUGGUAGGGAGUAUGUAGCUGUUGAGGAGAUACCAGUCGAAAAACAUCCAACAGAACAAGCACUGCACUGCUUCCGGAAGGCGAUGUUAAAGAUGUUCCGGCGCUACUAG